AUGAAAAUGAUAUCUACCAUGACGAAUACCACUGAUACUAAGGUUAAAAAAGUAAAGACUCCAAAACGCACUCAAGAUUUUAAAGCUGUACAGCUUAAAUUAAAUGAAGAUUCGGUGGCACCACACACUAUAUAUCUUAAAGAACAUGUAGUUAGAGAACAUACUGCAGACAAGCCACAGGGUCGUACUUUGUUGGUAGUGAAUGUGCCGCCAUACGCAGAUGAAAAAGGUAUUACCAAUGCAUUCCGCGAAGCUGGCACCGUACAAUCAGUUCAACUUUGCUUAAAACCUUCAACGGCUGAAGUAAAAUUAAUCAAGAAAUUCUUACCGGAUCCAAACAAAACCACAUUUAAAGCAGCUUACAUAGUUUUCAAGAAGGUUGCCGAGUUAGAUAAAGCAUUAAAAUUAAGCGAACUUCUGCCAAUGAACUCAGAGGAUCAUCAAAUUACAACAGGAAUUAAAAAAUGGAUUGAGGAAUACAACAACACCAUUGUGUUGCCAAAAGUACUUAAAGAAAAUGUGGAAACAUUCAUGAAGCAGUUUGAUGAAACUACAAAGAAAGCAGAUAAGAAGGAGAAGGAAUUAGAACAAGAGGAUGACGAGGGGUGGGUGACAGUCACUAAGAGAGGGAAGGUGCAGAGUUUUGCACGAUCAGAAAAAGUGGAGAAUAAAAUAAUGCAGAAAGAAGAGAAAAAUAAAAAACGGAAAGAGCUGAAGAACUUCUACACUUUCCAAAUACGAGAAUCAAAAAUGAAGCACAUUGUAUCACUUAGGCAAAAGUUUGAGGAAGACAAGAGGAAAAUAGCACAGAUCAAACAGAGUAGAAGGUUUAGACCAUUUUAG